UUACUGGUUCUCCGCGUUACAUCGUAUAGAGGAGAACCAUUGUCUAACUGUAACGGAUUACAUAAACCGGUUUUGAAGGCUUGAAUGUAUUCAAGCAUACAUGUGUAUUUAUACACGGGUAUAAAUACCCGCGGCAGAGUAUGAAAAUCAGUUCUAGCGAUAUUUCUCUUACGAGAUCACCAGCAUUCAGCUAAGCAUGGACGAUUUAGAUAGAGUUGUGGAGGACAAGGUCAAGGCGUCCUUGGAAGAACAUAAGGAGGACAUGUUGAAGGAAAUAGGCAGCCUUUUUGAAAAGAUAAGUGGCAAUUCUAGUAGCAAAUUUUCUAGUAUGAUGAUUAACAGUGAAAAGUUUAAGCGUAAAAGCAAUGAGGAACAGUAUAAACAUAAUGCAAAAGUUAUGAUAAAAUUAGAAGACGCCGAGAAUGGCUUACAGGAUAAGAAAUUAGAGGAGUGUAGAGCUAAUAUAGCAGAAGCAAAAGAAAUGAUGGCUCGUCGACAGAAGCUUAUAAAACUUGCGGAUUCAGCUGAGUUGGGUUGGAGAGUCGUUCAGGAAUAUGAAGCCAAUCCUUUAGCGAGCGACUCAGACGAUGAAAAACGUAUCUUUAAAGCGGAAGCGAGGGCUUCUAAGAAGUACAAAGCAGAGAAAUCCAAGAAAACUAAGUCUGCACGUAACUGGCCAUACCGGAAACAACAGCGUAUGUUUACAGAGACCAGUCCCGGAAGUCAACAAUUGGUAGGCCGUCAGGGGCGUAGACCUGGGCUGUGCUUUGCAUGUGGCAAACCGGGGCAUUGGCGAGGGGCGCCGGAAUGCCCAGAAAGGAAUACUAAUAAUAAGAUAAGUAAUGAUUUAUUUACAUGCGUAAACAGAGGAAAUAUUUACGAUGGCUGUUGUGAUAGUAAUUUAUCAAACAGCGAAGGUGAUGUAUUACAUAUACCAUAUUUAAAUGAGAAAUAUGUUGAAGAACAUAAAAUAUGUUCACAGUUACGAUCUGUAGAAGAGAACGAAGACACAGUUGUUUCACCAGUAGGUAGGUUAAAAAAUUGUGUAAAUAAAUGGAAAGAGGCAUCGGAUAGUGCAUAUAUUAUUCAGGUUGUUGAAAAGGGUUAUAUGUUACCUUUGAAGGAAGUACCGCCAAGCGUAGUACUUAGAAAUAAUAGGUCCGCAAGAGAUAAUAUUAAGUUUGUAGAAGAAGAAAUAGAGCGUCUUUUAAAAAAGAAAGUAAUAUCUAGGUCUAUGGUUAAACCACACGUAGUAAAUCCCUUAACUGUCGCUUAUAGCAAAUCGGGAAAGCCUAGAUUAGUACUUGAUUGUAGACACAUAAAUUUGUUUUUGCAUAAAUUCAAAGUAAAAUUUGAAGAUAUCAAAGUAGCAGAAAAAAUGUUUGAGAAAAACUCAUUUUUGUUUACAUUUGACUUGAAAGGGGCAUAUCAUCAUAUUGAUAUUUUUUCAGAGCACCGCACAUAUUUAGGGUUUUCAUGGAUAAGCGAUUGUAAAACAAAUUAUUAUUUUUUCAAUUCUUUACCAUUUGGAAUUAGUACCGCAGGACAUAUUUUUACAAAAAUGUUAAGAGUUGUUGUGUCUUUUUUAAGAAGUAAAGGUCACCAAGUCAUUAUGUUCUUAGAUGACGGAAUUUGUGGUCAUGUCAAUUAUGACGUAGCUAAAAGAUCCAGUGCUUGUGUGAAAACGACACUUUGUGAUUUCGGUUUUCUUUUGGCAGACGAGAAAUGUAAUUGGCAGCCGACAAAUAGAGUAGUUUGGCUUGGCCAUAUUCUUGAUAUGUCCGAAAAUUUGUUAUACAUAACAGAUUCUAGAAUAGAUAAUCUUGAGAAAUCAAUAGAUUCUGUUUUAUUUCAAAUCAAAUUCGAUAAAUUGGGUAUCAUUAAUGUGAAAACUUUAGCAUCAGUGGUAGGAAAGAUUAUUUCUCUUCAAAAUGUUAUAGGGAAUAAAGUUAGAAUAAGAAGCAGAGAAAUGUAUAGAUGUAUUAUGUCUAGAGCAAGUUGGAAUGCUCCAGUCAAGGUAAGUGAGCCAGCUAUCGCAGAAUUAAAAUUUCUGGCGAGAAAAUGUGAGGAAAUUAAAACAAAAAGGGAAAUAUUUCAAAGAUAUGUCAGUUUGUGGAGUAAGUAUAUAUAUGUCGAUGCAAGUGCGGAAGGGUAUGGUGGAUUCAUACAAAAUGAGCAAUUUACUGAGAAAAAAGACAAAGAGCUUGAUGAAAUCUAUUCUCAAGGUGAGAUAUCUAUGUUUCCUAUAUUGAGUGUACAUUCCGAAUGUAUAUCGGAUAUAUGUACAGAUAAACUUGGGUUCCCGGAAGUGAACCUAGUUUCCGAAUACAAGUCGGAAUUGAACAUUAAUGACAGUGGGCUCCAAGAAGUGAGCAUCGACUCCGAUUUUCUAUCGGAAGUGUACACCUGUAAAAGCAAACUCCCGGAAGUGAGUAUUAAUUUCGAAGAUAUAUUGCACACAGAUAGUAGUCAAGUGCUCCCGGAAGUGAGCUUUGAUACCGAUUGUAUAUCGGAAUGUCAUAAAAGUAAAGACAAGCUCUCGGAAAUGAGCUUAGUUUCAAAAUGUCUCCCGGAAGUGAGUCAUGGCUGA